AUGACCCAGAAAACUUAUUCACCUUCAUACUUCAAUUACAAAGAUGUUAUACUUAUAAAUGUGUUUUCUCAAAAAGAAACAGUGUAUCAAAUGAGCAUUUACUUUGAGAAAUUCGUACCUAUUUCCAAGAAUCAGGACCAAUGGUUUAGACAUGACUUGGAAGGAAAACAAAAAGUAAAAAACUUUCAUAAGACCCGAAUCAAAUUAUUGGCUUACAACAAUUCAUUUUUUAGUAGUUUGAUAAAAGACAAUGGAACGGGAAAAUUAAGCUUAUCGUAUGGCGUUGAAUGUAGUAUAUUUAAAGAAAUCGCUACAAGAUUGAACAUCACAUGGGRYACUUACACGUCUGACGACAAAGACAAAUGGGGAACAGUGUGGUCGAACAAUACAAUAACCGGUGGUGCGCUCAAAUGGCUGGAUACUAAAAGGGUUGAUGUGUCCUUUUGCUCUCUUUGGAUUGAUCACAUAAAAUUCAAGUUUGUUGACAUGUCUAAAUUUUGGACAUUAACGUGUUUAAAGUUUUUGGUCCCCAAGCCCCGGCCGUUGCGAGAAAAAUGGGACUUACUGUUCAAACCGUUUCCGUUAAUUUUGUGGCUAUUAGUUUUAUUUUCUGCGACGUUGACCACGAUUACKGUAUGGAUUUUGGCAGGAAUUCAAAAAAAGAUUGGCUAUGAAAAUAUUAACGCAUUUACUUCGUUAUCAGCGACCAUUUUUUGGAUUAUCGGAAUGAUGUUGUUGACUAACAAUCCACGUACUUAUAGAAUGGGACCUAUUAGACAUUUGAUCAGUUGGUGGUGCAUGUUUAUAUUCAUCAUGUCUACUUCGUUUUCCAGCAUUCUUUAUUCAUUCAUUACAGCGUCUGAGUACUCAGACAUUGUUUUGGAGGUUGAAGACAUGGUGAAGGCCAAUUACCACUGGGGCCUUACGUAUCCACCACCUUAUGAAUACAUACUAAAAAUGGAGAAUCCGGUUCACGUGGAGUUCAGCAAGCAGUUCGUACCGGAACGCGGCGUGGACGAUCGGAUCAGCCGACUGAAGCGCGGCCGGUACGCUAUUCUGACAAAGUGUCUGUACGAGAAACACUUCAUGGAGUUGGAUAAAGUACCGGUGGCUAUGCUGAACAACCUACGGACGGGCCGGACGUGCUUGGGCCAGUUCUACAUCGGUUUCGGGUUCGCCAAGCGGUCGCCGUUCGUGAAACCGGCCAACUUGGUCAUCCAGCGGAUCUUCGAGAGUGGGCUGAUCGAUUAUUGGCUGAGCCGGUUGACCGAGGUCCGCAUGUCGCCGGCCGCGUUCAAGCAGGUGUACGAGUUAAGGCCACGCAAACGCGACCACCCGUCGCCGCUUAGCUACCGACAGUUCAAAGUCGUGAUGGUCGUAUGGAUGAUAGGAUGCUUGUUGUCCGCGGCCGUGUUCGCCGUCGAAUGUCGGUAUGGCCGUGGCGGCAAGCACCGAACACACCGAGCCAUGUUCGCGCUACAGCCGCCGCCCAUAUAAUAAUAUUAUUACCAUAGAUAGGGUUAUAGCAGCAAAAACAGG